AUGUUUUAACCAAAAAUGAUAGAAAAUGUAGAUGAUUUUUUUUGUUCCUCAGGACAUAGACAACCAGUCUUUAUGGUUGCGCUUGAUCCAAAAUUAGAAUGGGAUUAGAGAUUCCUUUGCACAACAUGUGCUGAAAAUUCGGGCUUAGAUGCUUAAUAGGUUGGAUUCAAGAAAAUUAUUCAAAUAAUACAAGAAAGCUAAGAAAAAAAGAUGGAAAAAGUAGAAUCUAUAGUUGUGAACGAAAUAAAAUUAGUUGAGUCAAUGUAUGACUUGGUAGAUCAAAUGAAAACAAUAGUGAUCAAAUAAUUUGAAGAAUCGAUUUCUAUAAUGAAGGAAUGGACUAAGAAUCUAUAAUAAAAAGGUUAAGAAUAGUCUCAUUAUAGUUUUUAUGAAGAAUUAGAAGAUAUAAUAAAAAAAAAUAAUAAAUCGGAAGCCAACGUUUAAUCACUGAUCCAUGAAGUUUAAUAGACCAAUCAUUGCUGGAGUUCCAAAUUGUGUCCUAAACUAGAAUAUUUUAAUAAAUUUGANAAGCUUAUCUACUAAUUAAUUCCCUUCAUUUUAUUUAUUAAAUGUGUUUAUAGAUCAUAAAUAGAUUUAAUAUUCAAUUUCAAUAAAAUUAUUCUUAUCUAUAUAUGA